AUGGCACGGCAGAAACCCGCCACCACCAGCUCCGUAUCCUCGACCAUAGCAUCAGAUCACGAUCACGAUCACGACGUCUCCAUCCCGGAUGACUUGUUCAGUGAUGAAUCAGAUUUUCACGGCAGCUCUGAAACCAAGGCACUAUACAACCAACUCGCCGAGUCAUUCGAUGCGAAGAAGUACUGGGCCAUCCACGACUGGAAUGCCCAGGUCAUCGCCGCCAAGGGCAGGAAAGCGCUCGCAAAAGCCGCCAAGCUCCGUCUCGAAGAGAAAGCGAGGAAGGAAAGCGAAGCUGCUUUGAAGAAGAAACACGGCAUCGAUAACGACGACGACGACGACGACGACGACGACGACGACGACGAUGCCACCAAGAACCAGAAGUCCACGACGAAAGAUGAAGAUUCCGACACCGAGAUGACGGACCUCGCCACGAGAACCCCUGCGUCCCAUUCCGCCGCCGAAGAGCAACAACCAGCAGCGGGACCGAAAUCGAAGCCGCAGAACUACCACGAAGGCCACCCAUCCGCCAAACAACUCGACGAAUCUGUCUCCGAAUUCCUCGCCCGCCUUCCCCCCUCAACGGCAACGGCAACCGACGCGCAAGACCACUGGAUCUGGAUCUGCAACCCGUUCCCGCGCCACCCUCGCUCUCGCCCGUCCGAAGACCUCGCCACCUUCAAACAACGCGGAACCCGCCUCCUGGAAGACUUCCUCGCCCGCAAAGAAGACGUUGAGACCGCCAACCCGGGCAAACCACCCGGCGUGAUCACGCGGAUGCUCCGCCCCGACCGUCUCGCUGUGGAAUCCUCGAUUCGCGAGCUUGCCCGAUCCAACGGCGUCAUCCAGGGAAAAUGGAUGCUCUUCCCCACGGAAGGACACGUCGACCAGGUGUGGGAGUCCGUCGCCCAUGCCGUCUGGGCCGGCAAACUAGGUACCAGUGCCAAAGUCGCGACGGCCGCUGCUGCGUCGGACGCUGGUGGCGUCGACGAACCACAAGGCUCGGCACGGGGCGACGCCGCCCAACGGCUCAUCUGCAUUUAUACGGCCGAUUUCGCGGACGAGGCGGACGUGCGCCGUGUUCUUGGCGCAAUCAAGGACCUCGGUCUACUAGAGGGACCCAGCGCGGCAGGGGAAAGUGCCGGAUCCUUGAGAACCAUCUACUACAAGAUCGAUGCCUACACUUACUUGGACAUCAGUGGGGGGAACGAAUAUAAGCUGAGAGCGAGCAUGUAUUCGUCCAGGGACCUGUUUCCGGAGUGGUAUCCCGGGGGAGGGGAAGGCGGUAGGGGCGGGCAUGGAGGCGCGUUCGGGCGCCGCUCCUGA